AUGAGUUCUCAGCCCACUCACGAUGACCGAGAUAGCGACAGUGACGACUCGGUGCCGGAAGAGCCCCUCGAUGUUACCCGCGACGACGGAUGGGAGGAUGUAGAGCCUGAAGAAGAGAGCGAGCCCGUCGUCGGCCUUUUCACAGAUAAGAUAUACCCUGAUGCUCGUUUAAUGCUAGACGAAUGCAAGGAGAAGUUCGGGUUCGAUUUUGUUCGCGUGCAAAAGGAGCUGGGACUUGAUUUCCUUGGAACUAUCAGGCUGGUUAAUUAUAUCCGCUCAGAGGUGAAGAACGGUAACACGAAGCCCGACGUCUCGAGCGCAGCGCUGUUCGAGGACGAGAAGUACCUUAAGCCCGUCCUGGAGGACGAUGCGCUGCUGUACAGUUUAGACGAUAUUGCAGACCUGACAGUUGGAGAACAACAAGAGGUUACAGAAAAACUGGAAAAGAUGACUGAUCCAGCACGGAUAAAGGAACUGGAAAAUGAACUCAGCAACCUCCGCGGCGAAUUUGCUGAGUAUAAGCAGAUGGUGCAGAAGGCCCUAAACCAAUCCAUAGAAGACGAGAGUGAGAGCAGUAGUAAGGUAGAUCGGUCCAGUUCACGAUCUUUCCAAGAAGCAGAGAAGACCUACUUCACCUCGUAUGCCUAUAAUGCGAUCCACGAGUCAAUGAUCAAGGACUCCAUUCGAACGGAUGCGUACCGUGAUUUCAUAUAUGAUAACAAGCACUUGUUCAAGGACAAGGUGGUUCUAGAUGUUGGCUGUGGAACGGGUAUCUUGUCCAUGUUCUGUGCUAAAGCCGGCGCAAAACAAGUCAUUGCUGUGGAUAACUCAGACAUCAUCGGCAAGGCACGAGAAAUUGUAUACGAGAAUGGAUUUGAUAAAGUCAUCACAUGUCUGCGUGGGAAAAUUGAAGAAGUCAUACUCCCCGUGAAGCAGGUCGACAUCAUCGUCUCUGAGUGGAUGGGCUACUGUCUCCUUUUCGAGGCUAUGUUUGAUUCUGUUCUCUGGGCUCGCGACCGUUAUCUUGUACCCGGCGGUCUCAUGGUCCCUUCACAUGCAACUAUCCGUAUUGCGCCGGUGGCCUCUGCAGACCUCGUUCAGGAACACAUCACUUUCUGGAAAUCAAUUUAUGGCUUCAACAUGUCUAGUAUGCUUGAAGGCGUGCAUGACGAAGCUAUUGUCCGCAGCCUCAGGCCUGAUAUUAUGGCCGCUGAAUCAGAGCUCUUCCUCUACUUGCCACUUCACACCAUCACAGUCAAGGAGCUUGUAUUUACCAAAGAGUUUUCCGUUACACUCUCCCGCGAUAUUGACUCCCUAGAUGGUUGGGCCGUAUGGUUCGAUAUCAUAUUCAUGCCUUCGGCUGAUAGCAAGCUGACCCCGGAAGAGGCAUUGCCAGAAAUAAUGAAAAAACGGGACAUUGUAGCCUUCACAACUGGUCCAGAUGGAAAGGAAACGCAUUGGCAACAAGGUCUCUUCCUCAUCAACAAGAAGAAAAACCCCACUGCUGCAAUGAAGAAGGGACAUGUGGUUAGUGGAUCUAUCGAGUACCAGAAGAAGGAUGAAAAGUCACGCCUUUUGGAUAUCACUAUUGGCUGGAAUUCAGACGGAAUGUCUGGAAACCAGAAGUGGUCUUUGGCAUAG